GAUCCUUCUUCACUCCUCCCUGCAGUGGGAACGAGCUGAGUUGCCCGGCAAGCGGAGAGAGACUGCAGCCGCAACAACAUUGCGUUUUUGCCUUCGCCUCCAGUCUCGGAGCGCUUUAAAGCAAAGCUAAUAUUUAAACAUUGGGAAAUAUAAUAUAUACAUAAAUAUGGGGAAAACUAUGCCGGAUGGCGAGAAGUUGUCCCAGGCUGCCGUGCGGGGAGACUGGCAAAACGUGAAGCGUCUGCUGACCGAAGAAAAGGUGAACGCCAAUGCGGUGAAUAAAUUCGGACAAACCGCACUGCAGGUGAUGAUGCUGGGCAGUACAUUGGUCGCAGAGGAAUUGUUGAAGAAUGGGGCAGAGCCAAAUGUCCAGGAUAAAUGGGGCUUUACUCCAGCACAUGAUGUGGCCCGGAGUGGUUUCUUGGAUACCAUGAAGGUGCUGACAAAAUACAAGGCAAAUGUGAACAUCAAGAAUGCUGCAUGCUGCCUCCCCAUACACUUGGCUGCCCAAGAGGGCUACUUGGACCUUGUCCAGUACCUGGCUCCAAGAUCAAGCAUUCUGCAGAAGAACAUCAAUGGACAAACCCCACUGGAUCUUGCAAGGGCCUCCAAUAGAACUGAAGUAGUUGCCUGGUUAGAGCAGCAGUUGCAAACUAUACAGACCCAAACUUAACACUGAUUGAGGGCCUGUUAAGAAAUGCUGACAUUGCUUAUAUCUUACCUCUCUCACUGUAUGGUUUUAACUAUGCUGUGAACCCUACCUUUCCACCAUAUUGGACUCCUACUUUGCACUGCUAAUUGUGGACCCAUUGUUUAUGUUCCUUGUAAAAUUUUUAAUUUGAAUCACCCUUUUAAGGUUUUGAGUCAUUGUGCCAACUCCCCCAAAAACACGUGCUGGCCAUCUUGCAAAAAGUACCUUUAAAAAUAUGCCACUCAUUGACUGUUUACAUCUCCCGAUCAUUCAAAAUUUUGAAAAGGGGGAUUGGAAUCAGACAGUGUCAACUCAGUCAGGUUUUGUGCACACUUUGCCGCAAGAGCCCCAAGCAUUGUACAGUGUGCUGUGCAGGAAAGCUCCAAGGCGCACACAUCAACACAGUUCCAGAAAUUUACUGUUCCAUUUUGUGAGGAAAGUCGAAGGGAUUGCCCUCUUGACAGAAGAACCACAGACAGGACACUCAGGAGACGUCAACUGAAUGCGAAGGUCUACACUGAUUGUCUCCAAGGUUGAAAACAGCCUGAUCUUCAGCCUAGGACUCAUCAUUUUAAAAAAAAGCAUCUCCAAAUGGGAGAAAUCUUGUGGACUAAGGAGUUAAAAACCUGGGCCUUUUUAUUUUAAGUGCUGUGUGUUUACAAUAGUUUUAAAGUACUGUUUUUAAAAAAAGCAAAGCAAAAUGAGUUGUAUGUAUAUAUUAAAGUAGCUUUGUUAUUUUCUCCCUUUACUUUUACAUGGAAACAGACAGCAGCUAAUGUAGCGAUGAAUUUGAAUCAUUGGUGCUUUAAUAAUUCUGUAUAUAUGUAAGGGAAUGCAUUAUCAAGCUUAUUUAUAUUUGAAAAUUAAUUAUCCUUUAUCUUGAAAGCAUGGCUUUAAAUGAUUAUUUUUUAAAAAAUGGGAACACGAUUUUUAAAAUGUGAUCUCGUUAAGUUCGAUUUGAAUGUUGUUCAGUUAUAAGACCACUGGUUUGCAGUUUUUGUGGGAUAAGCAAACAAGACUGUGGACCACAAUGUACAGAACACAGAUUCCUGAAUCCCAGGGAAUAAAAGUGAAUUUAACACAAAGGCAGCAUAAAGAAGUAACCCUGCUUGUGUUAAACAGGCACUGAUUGUAAUGCCCUACCAACAAUACACUGCCAUAAUGACAUUGUCAUAGUAAAUGCUUUAUUGAGUGAGCAACAGUCCUGUGAACAUGAGGGCCCUUUUGUUCCUUGGCAGCUGUGAGUUGGUUAUAGACUAUUCUGUGCAUUGGAGGGUUGAACAAGAUUUUUUAACAUUGAGUCAGUACAUUGUGUUAGUGUCACUUAGGUGUGGUUGCUGAAUGCAAAUAAAUGGAUAAAAUAGUUCAGCCAGUGAAUGCUUUGGCAUUUCAACUUCUUUUUGCUUUGAAAACCGACUAGUAGCCACAUACAUCCAUGACUACCAAUUUCCACCUGUGCAGUAUUGCCCAAUUCUGUCCCCACGAGAAAUUGUGCUACUGAAAUCCUUGCCUAGACCUUCUUCCCUUCACGGUUGCUAAUUCUAAUUUGUCUUUGCUGCCCAUUUCCUUAGUCACACAAGGUCCAAUCCACUCAUCAAUAUGUGCUUUCACAAUGGCUCCUGGUCAAUCGGCACUUGAUAUUAAAAUUCUCAUCCUAACUUUCAAAUCCCUUUGUGACCAUGUCCCUCAUUCUCUCUAAACUCUGACAGCCCAAGACAGCCCAAAAGUCCUUUGACAUUUGCACUGUCUAAAUUCUAAACUUUUCAGCAUUUCUGAUUUUAACGGCUCUACCAAUAGUGGUCUGCAUUCAAUUGGAAUUCCUAGAUUCCCUAAACUUCUCCAAUUCUCUUCCUUCCUUUAGGACAUUUCUUCAUGUAUGCCUCUUUGAGCAAGCUUUUGGCCAUCUUCCCUAAUAUCUCUUUUUGUGGCUCAGCAUCAUAUAUGUUCCAUAAUGCUCCUCUAAAGGACUUUGGGGACAUUUUUGUUUCUUUUACAUUAAGCAAAGUUGUAACUAAAUUUCACUCAAGAUCCAUUAGAUGAAGUGGUUUUAAAAAAAAAAUGCUGUAAAUUAUCAGAUGGUCAGGCAGUGCUUGUGAAGAGAAAAACAGAGUUCAUGUUUUAGGUUGAUGAUCUUUUGUCUGAAGUGAUGCUAUAGAUACAGAAUUUUGUAGCUUAUGAAGCUUUGCCUAAAUGGUAGAACUAUGUCUUUUAGACAGACUCCAAUACAAUGCAUGGGAAUUACAAAUAGUUGGUUAUCUAUUCAGCUCCUGCAUGCAGGGGGACUUGUCAACCAGCAACUUCUUGCUGAGUGGAGAUGUUGUCUUUUGUUGGAUUUUGGUAUUACCUGAAUGGCACUGACCUGAAGGAACACUUGUUCCUUGGUUUUAAACUGAAGUCAUUCAUAGAAUCAUUACAGCACAGAAAGAGGCCAUUUGGCCCAUCAUGUGAUCUCCACCAAGUUCAGCAAGGAGGCAGCCUCCUUGUCUCUUGGUGGGAGAUGCAAGUUAAAUGGGUCCUGUGGAGGUCCUUUGGGAAUGAGACAGAAAAGGGAAUACCAAAAAAAAGUAUGUAUUCUAUUGCUUUCAGUUCCAAAUAUUUUAUUUCAAUUUAGUAUAUUUUUCACUUUCUAACAGUGAUGCAAUAGUAGAGAGACCAGAAUAAUGGGAGACUGUUUGCAAGUUCUGGUCAAUUUCUCCUCCCCUGCUCCCACACUUCAUUUUCCUCUGUCCUUUACAACCUUAUCUCACCACGAGAACAACAUCAUUCAACCCCAAAUGCAUUCUCAGUCACUCACUUGAAUCUUCAGUGCAUUGUACCUCUUUCUUUCGAGCCACUAUCAGCAGGCAGGCUACAGUCACCCCUACCUUGUCCUUCAGAGCUCCAGCUGUGUCUGCAUACCUCUUUUUGCACUUUUAAAAAGCUUUCCUAAAGUCUAUGCCUUUAAGCUAGACUUACUUUAUCCAUUCUAAUCUCUGCCUUUCUGAAUCUACAGACAUUCACAUUUUUGUCCGUUUUGUGACACACAUGGAAUUGUUUUUACAUUAAAAGCGCCACUUUAGACGCAUGUUGUUGUUGAGAGUGUUUGCCGUUUUAAACUGUUUGGGGUUUGUGUAGCGUGCAAAAAAAAAGUCAUUAUAUUAAGAAUGGUCAUUUGUGCACGGUAUUGGCUCACAAAUGUGGAGAUCUUUCCCAUUGGAUUCAUGGUCUCAGGGAAAAUGGUGAUUUGAGGAGAAAACAUAAGUUUGGGGUUGGGAAUGGGAUGGGGGAGGGGGAUGUUUGAAGACUUUAUAGGUUGCUAUAUUGUAAUUUGGUUGAUGUUGCACAUAAUUAUAUUUAUAAUGUUGAAUUUGUUUGGUGGAUAUUAUACUUUUUUAAAAAUCUGCAAAUAAAUUAUAUCACUUUUUCGGAAAGUUUCAAUGCGGACAACAGUAGGAUUUUAUUUAUUUGUUCAACAUGGGCCACACAGAUGACAAUGUUGAAGGUU